CCGGCGGUGCCUACAGCGGCUUCGCAGGGAGAGACGCCACCAGAGCGUUUGCCACCGGGGACUUCACCCAGGCGGGGCUGGUGGACGACGUCUCGGCGCUGUCACCAGGAGAGAUGCUCGCCAUCCAGAGCUGGCUCUCCUUCUACAGCGACAACUACGACCCCGUGGGGAAGCUGGUGGGCAGAUUCUAUGAUGAAAACGGGGCACCAACAGAAGCCUUGAGGGAGGCUGAGGCUGCGAUUGAGGAAGCUCAGAAGCUCCAAGCAGAAAGUGAGCAAAGGAAGCAGCAGUUUCCACCCUGCAACUCUGAAUGGAGCUCUGCUAAGGGCAGCCGAUUCUGGUGCUCCAGACAGAGUGGGGGAGUGAACAGAGACUGGACUGGAGUCCCUCGGAAGCUGUACCGCCCUGGUUCGAGGGGGAGUGGCUGUGUGUGUGUGAGGACUGCUGGUCCCCCGUGGGGCCAGCCAGACUCCGCCGAGCACAGCGACAGAGGCGACCUGGAUAACCCUCACCUGGAGGAGUACGACGGCUGCCCUCCGCUGGCCGAGCAGUGUGUCCUAACGGUGCCGUGACCCCGCAUCCAAGCCCCACAGCAAAACGCUUCCCUUUGGGGGGGCAGCUCCAGCUGCAUUCCCUUCCACCUGCCUGUGCAAAGGGAGCAAUAACAGUUUCCUGUGUUUUGUGACUCUCUUAACACAGGGAGAUGAGAGGAGGAGAAAACACUUUAGCCAAGUUAGUGGCUAAAAAAAUCAGCAAUGGGAUACUUUCUUAGUGCUUUAUUCCCAUGGUAUUUUUCCAUCUGGCAACAAACUGUAAGAUGCACAGCCUGAAUUAUGUUUAAAAGGCAAUUUCUUGUGCUGUCAGGAAAUAGCUGCUUGUGUGCAGAACGGCAGGUACAGCGUGCUGUGUUUAAGGCAGUGAGUGCAGGAGCUGCUGCAGCAUCACUGACCUCGGUUUAUGCAGUCCUCCAGUCGCUUCAGCUCUGCCUGCUGCACUGUAGUGCUAAUGCUCCUUCUUAGUCACCUGAUGUACUCCAGAGUUUAAAGGUUAGCAGGGAGAAGCAUUAAUUUCUCCUAUAAUUAAGGUAUGUAGUAUCUAGGAACUUGCGCAGUUUAGUUAAACACAGGCUUUAUCAAAAUCUUCAUGUACAGAAGGCAAAGGUCAGAGCUGUAUUUCUUCAUGUAGUGUUUGUAUUGGAUACUGUGCAAGGAAGAUAGUAGAAACCACCUAUGACAAUCAUUGUUUUAUAUUAACCUCACCAUCCUGGUCCCCUGAGACACUACUUUCAAGCUACUGAGACAAGGAAUUGCUGGUUUUAAGUAGGCAGUAACAGAAGCUAUGUUGACCAUCCUGCUGUAAGCCACCAUUUCCAUUCUGGUGUGUGCCCAUCAGGCUGUAACCAGAGGCUGGAUGUUCCCUCGCCAGGCCCAGCUCCUUUAAAAUCUCCAUCUGGUUUAUUACAGCCGGUGGCAUUCAGUAAUGAGUGACUCCCAGAGAGCAGAGCAAGCUACUACCAUUUUUGUGGGAGGCUGAAAAGGAGAAGGGAACACCUAAGUGCUAGAAACACUGGGCUGCAGGGAAGCAGUUGCUGUUUUUCAUAGAAUCUACUGUUAGAAUCAGUGUCAGGCAUAGCUGCAGCUUUGGGACUGACACCCAGAUUACACAGUGUCCAGCAGCAGCACAGGUAUGUUCAGUUCUGAAGGCAGCUGCCACCUGUUCUGAGUUAGUUCUGAGCUUCCACCACUUCUAAAGAAGGUCCCACACAUCUAAGCAAUUAGUAAGGCUACAGGAGCAAGUGAUCACUUCAUUGCAGCAGCAGGACAUACCACAGCCCUUUCACCUCAGAUCAGACAAGGCUGUAGCUGCGGUGGAUGGGAGCCACAUGGCAAUUUAAACAUUUAGUGUUGUUGUAAUAAAUAUGUUUGGGUUUUUUUUUCCCCACAUGGUUGUGUGUUUCUUUUCCACCAUCUUGAAGAAAAGCCCUCUAAGACCCUUCCAGGCAGAGGUACCAGCUCUUGGGAGCCCACAGGGUAGGUGUAGCCAUGUGGCAGCAAAGCCUCACACACUGUUAAGGCCCCAGUUACACUUCUAGAACUGAAGCUCAGCCCUGGGCUUGUGGCAUCUUCGGGCAUGUUUCACAGAACAGUUAAAGCUGUGUAAAAUCUGCAGGCAAGAGCUGCAAAGCAGUGCUUUCUUGUCUCCACAACUUAGUGGGCAUUUGCUGUUGGACACCUCUUUAACAAGAACUUGGCCUUUAAAGGUCAAACCAUCCCCAGGAAUGGGUCUUUAAAACUUCUAGCAAAUUUCAGAGUAUUAAAUACUGUAAAAAGGAGUUUAUAAGGGCAAGUCACUGUCACAAGUUGGGAGUCCUAGUGAAGGUGUAUCAGCUACAUAACUUCAAAGCAAGCUUCAUUUUACUGUAAUGCUCAAGCACUAUGGGAGUAGUGCUGAAAUACAGAGGGGAUGGUUUUGAUCUUAAGCGCUAAAUGGAAGGAGGGCAGGAGAGCAAGAUGGGACAGUAUUGCUUUAAGUUAGAAGGUGGUUGAAGCCAUUUCACAGCUUAUUCCUUAGUUUAGUGUUUGGAACCAGUCUAGGUGGGAGAAGUUUGUCUUGCCCUAGGAAUAAGUCAUCUAUUAAACAAGGAGACUCCCUUCCUGACCUGAAGUGCUCCAAGAUUAUCUUGUUUCUACUCUAAUUCAAAAGCUCAGCUGGAUUCUCCCAUGGUAAAAGAGGGUGGGAAGAAAACAGUGAUAGUUACACAAGGAGCAAGUAAAUAUAGAAAGUGCUCUAAUGAAACUCACCAUUCACCCAUACUUUAGUAAGUUUUAUUAAUAAAAGACUAAUGCAUCUGAGCUGAGAACCAGUUUACUCCAUGAACCAGCUCUGGCUGUAGGAAGUUCAGAUUGUUCCAUAAGAAUGAUUACAGAUAAGUUUAGUAUAAGGCAUUCGAGAUGACUACAUGGUACAAACUAGAACACCAGACCUUGUCAGCCAAAACAACAGUUGUAGCAGUUCCACAACAUUAAAAUGAGUACCUGGAAUAAUUUCAGAACAAAUAAAGUUGUCAGGCCCAGUUGAAUGUUAUAUCCCUAGUGUUCCUCGUGGCUUGUAAAGGAGCUUGCAGUGGGGCAGCCAUCUAUAGAAAAUACUUCCUUAACAAGGUUUCCACCUCACAAUGCAUUAUCUAGUUAUGCAUUUUAUUACAAGUAGAAUAAUUACACAACAAAGUAAUGCAUAUUGGAAAAAUACAUUUUUACAAUGACUCCAGACAAACGGUGCAGAAAAAUGCCAUUGUUCUAAGACUUCCUUUUCUAUUUCAGAGGGUAUUAGAAGGUUCAGAGUUAUUUUUGUCACUCAUACAAGCUUUGAUUUUUCUAGAGAUUAAUUUCCUGCAGUACCCAACUCUACUGGUUACAGGAAGAAGAGGACUUGCCUAUUAACAUUUGAUCUACAAA